UUGGGGAAUGAUGUUGAGGAGUUUCAACCUUAUGUAUGUGCAUGAAGCUUGAUGCUUAGUCAUAGAUUAGGAUUAGAUAGCCUUGGUUCUACUUCUACGUGGGUCCUCCACCUAUCAUACAGUGCAAGUUUGUUACUUGAGUUGUAGCUUGUUGGGUUGGUCACUUGUUCUAUGCUGCUUGCAAAAUCAAAGGGGUAUUUUGCAGCUUAGUAGGAGAGAGUGUUGAUAAUUGCUUGAAACUGAAUCCCUUCAUUAUCAGGAUUCUCAUCAUCAACUUUAACAUAUAUUAAGCUAGUUACUCGGGUCAAAUAUUUCUAGCAUCUCUGUCAUGGCAACUAGACUUCAGUUUGAGAACAAUUGUGAAGUUGGAGUCUUCUCAAAGCUUACAAAUGCCUACUGUUUGGUUGCCAUUGGAGGUUCUGAAAACUUCUACAGUGCAUUUGAGGCUGAGUUAGCAGAUGUUAUCCCAGUGGUUAAGACCUCCAUCGGUGGCACUCGUAUUGUUGGUCGUCUUUGUGUUGGAAACAAGAAUGGGCUUCUCUUGCCCCAUACCACCACAGACCAAGAGCUUCAACAUUUGAGAAACAGUCUACCUGAUCAAGUUGUUGUUCAACGUAUAGAAGAAAGAUUAUCUGCUCUGGGAAAUUGUAUAGCAUGUAAUGACCAUGUGGCUCUCACACACACUGAUCUUGACAGGGAAACUGAGGAGAUGAUUGCAGAUGUUCUUGGAGUAGAAGUUUUUAGGCAGACAAUUGCGGGUAAUAUUCUUGUUGGCAGUUACUGUGCAUUCUCCAACAGAGGUGGUUUGGUCCACCCUCACACUUCCAUUGAAGACUUGGAUGAACUUUCUACACUUCUUCAGGUUCCUUUAGUUGCCGGGACCGUCAAUCGUGGCAGUGAAGUAAUAGCUGCUGGCAUGACAGUAAAUGAUUGGACAGCAUUUUGUGGAUCAGACACCACAGCAACAGAGCUCUCUGUGAUUGAGAGUGUUUUCAAACUGAGAGAAGCCCAACCUAGUGCCAUUGUGGAUGAGAUGAGAAAAUCACUCAUUGAUACUUAUGUCUAAAAUUUGGUCACUUUUUAUACGAUGUACUGCUUGUUGCUAAGAUCUUUUUGUUGUCAGUUUUGCCUGGUAAACAGUUUGUGAUAGUUUGUCUUCUAAAAUAGAACACAUUUCAAUCAAGAAUGGUGGUUUCCAUUAAUUGUAUGUGAUAUUUUAUUUUAAUUUUUGGUUACCGUCCAUAGAUGAAAAAGGCUGAUAUGGGUGGUUUAAUGUACUCUCUUGGAUUCGGAAAUGAUUUGUAAUCCAUUAAGUUUCUUUUUAUA